AAGAAACUUGGGACGGCGGCGGCCUCCGCGUCCCCGCCGCGCCCCGCCCGGGCUGCGGGGGACCCUUCCCGCGUCGACGCGCCAACUUCGCGGGGGGACCCGCCGGCCGCAGGACUCCGGCUCGGGGCUGCCGGUCCUUCCCCGGCGGGGCGCAGCCCAGCGCCUCCUCCCCGCGGCGGGGACCCCCUGCCCCUGGCCGCGGUGCUGGGGAGGAGCGGGGGUGCCCUGGAUGGCCCUGCGCGCUGGGACGGCUUGGUUUGGGCAGGUCCUGCGCAGAGUUUCCCGGCUCCAGGGCACUUGGUCCCGGCGCUCCAGCAGCCUCCUGUGCCUCUCCUCCUCCCAGGAACCCGAGCAGGCGGGCGGAGAGCGGCCGCCGCAGCAGCACAAGCUGCCCCGGAGCAGCGGCAGCGGCGGGCGCCGGCAGCCCCGCCGGCAGCUGCCCCGCUGCUGCGGCUGCUGCGGCCUGUCGGAUCCCCGGGCGGCCAGGGGGGGACAUGGUCCCCUCACUCGCCCCUUGCUGGCGGCCAUGAAGAGGCAGAACGUGCGGACCCUGUCCCUCAUCAUCUGCACGUUCACCUACCUGCUGGUCGGGGCUGCCGUCUUUGAUGCCCUGGAGUCCGACAACGAGAUGCGGGAGGAGGAGAAACUCAAAGCCGAGGAGAUCCGGCUCAAAGGAAAGUACAACAUCACCAGCGAGGACUACCGGCAGCUGGAGUUGGUGAUCAUGCAGUCCGAACCACAUCGGGCCGGUGUACAGUGGAAAUUCGCUGGCUCUUUCUACUUUGCCAUCACGGUCAUCACCACCAUCGGUUAUGGACACGCUGCCCCAGGGACGGAUGCAGGGAAGGCCUUUUGCAUGUUCUACGCAGUCCUGGGGAUCCCACUGACACUCGUCAUGUUCCAGAGCUUGGGCGAGCGCAUGAACACCUUUGUCAAGUACCUCUUGAAACGCAUCAAAAAGUGCUGUGGGAUGAGGAGCACCGAGGUCUCCAUGGAAAACAUGGUUACUGUGGGUUUCUUCUCCUGCAUGGGAACACUCUGCAUUGGAGCAGCAGCUUUUUCCCAGUAUGAGGAGUGGAGCUUUUUCCAUGCUUACUAUUAUUGCUUUAUAACAUUGACUACCAUAGGUUUUGGAGACUAUGUGGCCCUGCAGACCAAAGGGGCCCUUCAAAAGAAGCCUCUCUAUGUGGCUUUUAGCUUUAUGUACAUUCUAGUGGGGUUGACAGUCAUUGGGGCAUUUCUAAAUCUGGUUGUUCUCAGGUUCUUGACCAUGAACAGCGAGGACGAGAGGCGGGAUGCUGAGGAACGGGCGUCCCUGGCAGGAAACCGCAACAGCAUGAUUAUCCACAUCCAAGACGACUCCCAGCAUGGUCGGCCACGAUACAAGGCCGAAGUAACAGACCUUCAGUCAGUUUGUUCCUGCAUGUGUUACAGGUCCCAUGAGUACACCAGCCGGGUGGUGUCCCACCAAAAUUCAUUCAGCUCAAAGCUGAACCCCCAGUACUUUCACUCCAUCUCUUACAAGAUAGAGGAGAUCUCGCCAAGCACAUUAAAAAACAGCCUUUUCCCAUCUCCUGUCAGCUCCAUCUCACCUGGGUUGCACAGCUUUACAGAUAACCACAGGCUGAUGAAAAGGCGAAAGUCCAUUUAAAGGGAUUUGUCUUCUUUUGCUUUCCUUGUUUCCCCCCAGUUCUUCUCCAUUGUUUUGGGGUUUUUUUGUUCCUUGAGUGAGACGGAGUGAGGCUGAAGGGAGUAGAGAAAGCCAGUCCUCCUCUGAGACUCAGCUCUUGAGCAUGAAGCAUGGAUUAUUACCGUUCCAGCAAAGUAUGCCUUACAUUACCCCCUCGGUGGAUGUCAGAGGAUUCAAGGUGACGUGAAGUGGGUACCAAAUCCAAAGUUGCACACACAGCUGGGAGCCUUCAUGUGCCAUUGGCACUCUUGACCUAAUAAACUCUUUUCCUCACGAGCAGGUUGUGUGCUUGUGUGCGUGUUGGGUGUGCGUGCGUGUGCGUGGAAUUCCACGACUAGUGCCAUGCGACAAAAAUCAAAGCAUCAGGUAUUAUUUUGGGUUAUUUUUUCCCUUGAGGCAAUUGUGUUCCAGUCUGCUUUUAACUUUUAGAUUGCUUCCAGAAGGAACGGGGAGGGUGGGAGGGGAGCAAAUUUGGUUCAUUUCUUUUUUGCCAAGACAAGCAUGCGCCAUAAGCAGUCAAUAUACCAGGUGUAUCAUGGUAAAUUUUUUAAUGCUAGAUUUUAGAUUGUAUUAACAUUAAUUAAAAAAAAAAGGCAGGAAAAGAUGGAUCAUUUUAGCUUGCCAGUUCAAAAUUAAAAAAAAAAAUAAAUAAAUAAAGCAUGCACUUUGUAAAACUGGUAUGCAUAAUAAAAACACAAGAAAAACUAGCAACGGAAUUAAUAAUCAAAAGCAAAUAAUCCUAUUGAUUUAACUAGAUUUCCUUUUAUCGUUUUCAACCGUUCCAACAAUUUUUAAGAGAAAUUGGGAGAAUUGUUGGAACCAAAGAGUGUAUUUUGUUAUUUUAAUUUUAUUUAUAAAUUUAUUAUUAUUAUUUUUUUUAUUAUUAUUAUUAUUAUUAUUUUGUGCAGCAAAUACCUGCAUGAAUAGGAAUUAUAUUUUUUUUUGAAUGCUUGGAUUAGGAUGGGUAUAAAUAGGUGGAUGUAUAUUUUUUCUUAUAUAAUAGUGACAGGGCAUUUCCUUGUUUUAAAAAAAAAAUAAAGAUGAUUGUCUCUAAAUGCUUUUGAUUUGUAAAUAAUGGAAAGCCUUUGUUGGUCUCAGGAAGAAUUCAAGGGACAGUAUCUUGUGUUUGGCUCACUGGGAACUUGUGAGAUAAGAUGUGAUACUGGUUUUUUGCUAGGUAGAAAGGCAAAAUGCAUUUAGCAGUGAUGGACAAAAGCAGUUUUACUCCAGUGUUUGGAGGGUAAUGUUGGGAGUGAUUCAUUGGCAAAUUGUAGCGAAGGAUGUUGAGACCAUGUCAUAGAGUUGUUCCUUGGAGAUUGUCCAUCUCUCGGCUGUUCAUCUGGACCAAACAGACUUUACAGGACUGAAUUAGAGGCCUAAACCAGCUCCCUUUUAAGAUAAUAGGAAUUUGCAAUGAUUACAUGGGAUUUAGUGCUUUGGGAGAUUUAUCUUUCAUUUGACAGGGGUAGGACUGGGAGUUUUAUAAACCUCCACCUUUGUCUCUGAUUUAAUCCUAUCUUUUAAACUGCCUUUCGUGUUAAUUCGCCAUACAAAACACAUCCUUUUUUGGCACUAAUCACCUCCUGCUGAUUCUACCAUUCUGUGCUCUCAGUGUAAAAGCAAUAAUCCCUUUUUUUUUCCCCAUUAAAGCUAGAUGGUAUGUUUCUGUACAAGCCCCAGCUCUGAGCUCUGUGUGCUGAUGGAUGUUGAUACCCUUUCAAAGAGGCUUCUAUAAAGAGAAUUUAAUAGGGAGAAAUAGGAAAUUUCAAUUCCUCCUCUGUUCUCUUCUCCCUGGCUUUAAAUUAUUUGGUAUAUCAAAUAUGUUCAUGUUCUAAUUUCCAUAUCCGUGCUUCAACAAGUAGAUGAAAAGCAGAUAUCCAUGUCUUUGGCUCUCCUAUGCAGCUUCCUUUGGGAUUAUACAAUCCGGUGGUAUGAAAAUCUCCAUUAAGAUUAGUGAAGAAAUAUCUUAGGAUUCUUAAUGAGGAUGGAUGAGGAUUGACUUUUUUCAGCCUAACAUGUGAGGAUAACUUCCCUGAAUACAGU